ACUGCGAAAAAUAUAAAGGAAAACUUCAAAUCUCUCGCUAUAACAAGGUUUGCCAAGUGUCAUGAACAGGGUGUAUUAUUAUAGUGAGAACAGCCACUGGUGGCAGAAUGUGAACUCGCUGGCUACAGGAUUCUACCUGCACCGUCAGGUGGGUGAACAGGUGCAGCCAGCACAGCCGGGAGGGUGUCCGCCACUCAUCCACACCCUCACCGUGGCCGAACACUUAGCUGAAAUCAUCCUGGAGGCGAGGUUUGGCAGUGGCCAUCUGAAGCGGCGGCGAGGCAGGACUGCCUUCAGCUCCCAGCAGCUGGAGGCCCUGGAGACGGCCUUUCACACAACCCGCUAUCCCGACUUGGCCAUGCGGGAACGGCUGGCGAUGUACAUCAACCUCCCAGAGCCAAGAAUCCAGGCACGUUCUGUUUGACCUAUUUGUCAUUUUUAGCAGCCAGUCCAUUUGGAUAAAUAGUCAGGGCAACUGAAAGUGAUCAUUGUUGCACUGGGACAUUGUCAGCA